UGAAUUGAACUACUCUGCCCCAUUAUCAGCAUAAAACAUGGAUCCAGAGGCUGCACGAACUGCACGCGAAUCUCUUGACCUGGCAUUCCAUAUGUCCAAUAUCCUCGAUACAGGUCUAGAUCGUCACACACUUUCUGUUCUUAUUGCACUUUGUGACCUUGGAGUCAAUCCUGAAGCACUUGCCGCUGUUGUCAAGGAGCUAAGAAAAGAGAAACCCUCAUUAUCAUCGUCGCUUUCUGUGGCUCCUUCUUCCUUGCCAUAAAUAAAUGGAUUUUUUAUUACUUUUAGAUUCCAUUCUGUCUAUGCUUGCUCAAAUUCCUUAAUCCACCCUGUUUGUCUUGUUCUUGAUCCGGUUAAUUGAAUUUCUAUAUCUGCUUUGCUUGUUAUUUUGUAUGAGCUUCAUUUGAUGUCUAGUGACGUUCUAGUGCAAAGUUGAUGAGAACAUGGAUUCAAUUAGGAACGUGUAUGU